AUGCCGGUACGCAGCCUGAUGCCUGCCAGUUGACUCGAUGCCCGCUGUUGAUCCAGAUGAUCCGGUACCUGAUCCGGUGCCCGCUGUCGAGCCAAAUGACCUGAUGCCUGGUGGACCCAGUGCCCGCUGUCAUACCUGGUGACCCGAUGCCCGCUGUCGAGCCAGACAAUCCGGUACCUGAUGACCCGCCCACUGCCCUUGCCAGAUGACGCGGUGCCCGCUGUCAAGCCAAAUGACCUGAUGCCUGGUGACCCAGUGCCCGCUGUCCAGCCAGACGAUCCAAUGUCUGACCCAGUGCCCGCGGUCAUACCAGUUGACUCGGAGCCCACUGCAUUGCCAGAUGACGCGAUGCCCGCUGUCGAGCCAAAUGACCUGAUGCCUGGUGACCCGAUGCCCGCUGUCCAGCCAGACGAUCCAAUGUCUGACCCAGUGCCAGCGGUCAUCCCAGUUGACUCGGAGCCCACGGUUGUGCCUGGUGACUCGGUGCCCCGCCGCCCCGCC